GAAGGAGAAGGAAUGUCCUAGAAUUCUCCUUUCCCUCAACUUUCUUCGCAACCAAACAAUAUACUCCCUCCUGAGAAAAAUCAAUUCCUAGAAGUCUCCUCUGCCUACUAUAAAUUCCUACUAAUAGGCUGAUGAUGUCAGUUCAGGAGUACCCAAAACAAGUGAUCUGAUCCAAUUUACCUACCAGCUGAACGCCCUACUUUCUGAGUAUCCCUCAAUUCACACUCCCAAUCUCCGUCAAACCUUGGUACCAAAGAUGUCGAUCGUCCCAAGCGUCUUCGGUGGCCGACGAGACAGCAUCUUCGAUUCUCCUUUCUCGCUCGAUCUCUGGGACCCUUUCAGAGAUUUCUCUAAUUUUUCCUCUUCCCUGAGCAAUUACUUCCCCGAGUUCUUCCGCGACGCGUCGGCGUUCGCCAACACGCGCAUAGACUGGAGGGAGACGCCGGAGGCGCACGUGUUCAAGGCGGACCUGCCGGGGCUCCGGAAGGAGGAGGUGAAGGUGGAGGUGGAGGACGACCGGGUGCUGCAGAUCAGCGGAGAGAGGAACAGAGAGGAGGAGGAGAAGAGCGAUACGUGGCACAGGAUCGAGCGCAGCAGCGGAAGGUUCAUGCGGCGGUUUCGGCUGCCGGAGAACGCGAAGGUGAAUGAGAUGAAGGCGUCGAUGGAGGACGGAGUUCUGACGGUGACCGUUCCGAAGGUGGAGGGGAAGCGCCGUGAAGUGAAGGCCAUUGAAAUUUCCGGCUGAUGUUUAAAUUGAAUGGCUGAAGCUGAUCGACCGGCGUCUGUAAGAAAUGUAGAUUUGUGUGACGAGUGUAACUUAGCUUAGCUUGCCUUUGAUACUACUAUUGAGGGAGGAAAAAAAAAAACAAAAAAGUAAAUGGGGUGCUGAUAUUUUGUUUUAGAGUAAUUUGGAUAUGGUUCAUAAUUUAUGUCCUAUUUUUGUAAUUACAUAGUCUUAAUAUUGUAAUCUAAAUUUCUAAUGAAUAAGUAUGAAAUCAUUUUGUGGAA